ACUAACCUCUCUUUCUCUCUAAAGGAGUGCUUGCGGAGAUCGGAUCUUUUCUCCAGCAAUUGGGGGGAAGAGGGUUUUUUUUCUCUGAAAUCGCUUAGUAUAACCAGCGGCGUAAAUUUUUUGGAUGCCUUUUCGAAAAUCUGGUAGUUAAUAUUCAUUUGUUUAAAUCUUAUUUUUAGGCUCGAACUGUUUAAUACCUUCAUUCCUUAGAAAGAGUGAAAUAAUUUUUUGCAAAGGAGUUUCCUCGAUUUGGAGCCUUUUUUUUUUCUUCCACCGUCAUUUCUAACUCUUAAACUAACUCAGUUCCAUUAUGGUGAUGUUCAAGAAGAUCAAGUCUUUUGAGGUGGUCUUUAACGACCCUGAAAAGGUGUACGGCAGUGGCGAGAAGGUGGCUGGCCGGGUGAUAGUGGAGGUGUGUGAAGUUACUCGUGUCAAAGCCGUUAGGAUCCUGGCUUGCGGAGUGGCUAAAGUGCUUUGGAUGCAGGGAUCCCAGCAGUGCAAACAGACUUCGGAGUAUCUGCGCUAUGAAGACACGCUUCUUCUGGAAGACCACGCAACAGGUGAGAAUGAGAUGGUGAUCAUGAGACCUGGAAACAAAUAUGAGUACAAGUUCGGCUUUGAGCUUCCUCAGGGGCCUCUGGGAACAUCCUUCAAAGGAAAAUAUGGGUGUGUAGACUACUGGGUAAAGGCUUUUCUUGACCGCCCGAGCCAGCCAACUCAAGAGACAAAGAAAAACUUUGAAGUAGUGGAUCUGGUGGAUGUCAAUACCCCUGAUUUAAUGGCACCUGUGUCUGCUAAAAAGGAAAAGAAAGUUUCCUGCAUGUUCAUUCCUGAUGGGCGAGUGUCUGUCUCUGCUCGAAUUGACAGAAAAGGAUUCUGUGAAGGUGAUGAGAUUUCCAUCCAUGCUGACUUUGAGAAUACAUGUUCCCGAAUUGUGGUCCCCAAAGCUGCCAUUGUGGCCCGCCACACCUACCUUGCCAAUGGCCAGACCAAGGUGCUGACUCAGAAGUUGUCAUCAGUCAGAGGCAAUCAUAUUAUCUCAGGGACAUGUGCAUCAUGGCGUGGCAAGAGCCUUCGGGUGCAGAAGAUCAGGCCUUCUAUCCUGGGCUGCAACAUCCUUCGAGUUGAAUAUUCCUUACUGAUCUAUGUUAGCGUUCCUGGAUCCAAGAAGGUCAUCCUUGACCUGCCCCUGGUAAUUGGCAGCAGAUCAGGUCUAAGCAGCAGAACAUCCAGCAUGGCCAGCCGAACCAGCUCUGAGAUGAGUUGGAUAGAUCUGAACAUCCCUGAUACCCCAGAAGCUCCUCCCUGCUAUAUGGAUAUCAUUCCUGAAGAUCACCGAUUGGAGAGCCCCACCACUCCUCUGCUAGAUGACAUGGAUGGCUCUCAAGACAGCCCUAUCUUUAUGUAUGCCCCUGAGUUCAAGUUCAUGCCACCACCUACUUAUACUGAGGUGAGAAUUGUCAUCUUUACUGUUAAAUUUGUCCUAAGCUUUCUAUAAGAAGUUGACUUAGAUGGAUUGCUAAACUGGUUUGUUCUUUUUAGUUCUUACCUCAACUGAAGUAGUCUGUUUCUUCCUUUAGGUGGAUCCCUCCCUCCUCAACAACAAUGUGCAGUGAGCAUGUGGAAGAAAAGAAGCAGCUUUACCUACUUGUUUCUUUUUGUCUCUCUUCUGGACACUCACUUUUUCAGAGACUCAACAGUCUCUGUAAUGGAGUGUGGAUCCACCUUAGCCUCUGACUUCCUAAUGUAGGAGGUGGUCAGCAGGCAAUCUCCUGGGCUUUAAAGGAUGCGGACUCAUCCUCAGCCAGCGCCGAUGUUGUGAUACAGGGGUGUUUGUUGGAUGGGUUUAAAAACAACUAGAAAAACUCAGGCCCAUCCAUUUUCUCAGAUCUCCUUGAAAAUUGAGGCCUUUACAGUAGUUUCGGGUCAGGUAAAAAUGGCCUCCUGGCAUAAGCUUUUCAAGGUUUUUUGGAGGCCUUUGUAAAUUGUGAUAACAACUUUGGACCUUGAACUUAUGUAUCAUGUGGAGAAGAGCCAAUUUAGCAAACUAGGAAGAUUAAAAGGGAAAUUGUGGCCAAAACCUUGGGAAAAGGAGGUUCUUAAAAUCAGUGUUCCCCUUUGUGCACUUGUAGGAAAAAAAAGAAAAACCUUUUAGAGCUGAUUUGAUGGACAUUGGAGAGAGCUUUCCCUGUGAUUAUAAAAAAGGAAGCUAGCUGCUCUACGGUCAUCUUUGCUUAGAGUAUACUUUAACCUGGCUUUUAAAGCAGUAGUAACUGUGCCCCACCAAAGGUCUUAAAAGCCAUUUUUGAAGCCUAUUGCACUGUGUUCUCCUAUUGCAAAUAUUUUCAUACGGGAGGAUGUUUUUCUCUUCAUGCAAGUCCUUGGAAUUGAUUCUAAGGUGAUGUUCUUAGCACUUUAGUUCCUGUCAAAUUUUUUGUUCUCCCCUUCUGCCAUCUUAAAUGUAAGCUCAAACUGUUCAUCUAUGUCUCUAGGGUUAAGCCCAAAGACAAAAAAAAAAUUUUACUACUUUUGAGAUUGCCCCAAUGUACAGAAUUAUAUAAUUCUAACACUCAAAUCAUGUGAAAGGGUUGCUGCUGUCAGCCUUGCCCACUGUGACUUCUCCAAACCCAAGGAGGAACUCGAUCAAGAUGCCCAACACUGAUCAGAACCUCCAAAUACUGCCAUGAGAAACUAGAGGGCAGGUGUUCACAAAAGCCCUUUGAACUCCUUUCCUGCCCUGUGUUAGGAGAUAGGGAUAUUGGCCCCUCACUGCAGCUGCCAGCACUUGGUCAGUCACUCUCAGCCAUAGCACUUUGUUCACUGUCCUGUGUCAGAGCACUGAGCUCCACCCUUUCCUGAGUGUUAUUACAGCCAUAAAGUGUGGGCUGAAGAUGGUUUCAUGUUUUUGUAUUACAUAUCUUUUUGUAUGGUAAAGACUAUAUUUUGUACUUAACCAGAUAUAUUUUUACCCCAGAUGGGGAUAUUCUUUGUUAAAAAUAAAGUUUUUUUAAUGGAAAAAAAAA